AGAGCAGAAAACUGGCCUGAAGCGGUUAAUCUCAUCUCCUUAAGAAUUGGUGGUAGCCCUCCUUUCUACCAUCCGUCAGCCAACUUGUUUAAGUUGGCGUCGAUAAAGAUUCCAUUCCUUUAUAAUUGGCCAUGGCAAUGGCUUCCACUGCUCGAACCGUUGAAGACAUCUUCAAAGAUUACUCUGCUCGAAGAACCGCUAUCCUUCGUGCUUUAACUUCUGAUGUGGAUGACUUUUACGGACUAUGUGAUCCAGAUAAAGAGAAUUUAUGCCUAUAUGGACAUCCGAAUGAAAGCUGGGAAGUUACUCUGCCAGCAGAGGAAGUUCCACCCGAGCUUCCUGAGCCGGCACUUGGUAUUAAUUUUGCAAGAGAUGGAAUGAACCGAAACGAUUGGUUAUCCUUGGUUGCAGUGCACGGUGAUUCGUGGUUGAUUUCUGUGGCUUUCUAUCUUGGUGCACGACUUAACCGCAAUGAAAGGAAACGGUUAUUUAGCAUGAUUAACGAUCUGCCCACAGUCUUUGAGGUUGUAACUGAAAGGAAGCCUGUUAAAGAGAAACCAAGCGUGGAUAGUGGGAGCAAAUCUCGGGGCGGCACAAAGAGAUCAAGUGAUGGACAAGUGAAAGGCAAUCCUAAGCUCGCAGAUGAGAUUUACAAUGAUGAGAAUGAAGAUGAACACAGUGAAACACUCUGUGGCUGCUGUGGCGGAAACUACAAUGCAGAUGAGUUUUGGAUUGGCUGUGAUGUUUGUGAGAGGUGGUUCCAUGGAAUGUGUGUUAAGAUUACACCCGCUAAAGCUGAGAGCAUUAAGCAGUACAAAUGCCCAUCUUGCAGCAUGAAAAGGGGCAGGCAGUGAUAGUCACUAAAUUGAUGAGAACAGGACAGAGACAUUUCAAUGGCUGACAAGGGAGUGUAGCACUAUUCUCGUGUUUGGUAAUGUAAUGAAGUUAUCUUCAAAAUGUCUGUUUAUAAUAGAUGCUUUGAACUGGAUGGAAGUUCUGCUUCCUCGCUGAUACCUUUGUUUAAAUGCCAACUCAUAAAUUAGAAUUAGUUAAUUUAUGACAAA